AGCGUAGAGAGCACUCUACCUCACUUGACAUCAACAGGCAGUGGCUUUUUGCAACAUAGAAGUACUGCCGUUGCACUCGCUGUUUUCUUUUUUCCUUGCUGAGCAGAAUUACUACACCAAGAAACGCACGGAAAAGGAAAGAUACCACGCCUCCUCUACACACCCCGACGUCAUGUCAAAGUUCUAUAGCGCAGAGACGCAGCAGGGACACUCGUCGCACUUUGUGCAGUACAUCCGCAAAAUCGCGGAGGCCUCGUCGAAGCAGGAGGAGGACCAAAUCGUCGAGGAAGACCUCAAAGCGUUGAAAACAACACUCACCAGCAGUACGGCGAAAGAUGAGGAGCUGCUGAAGGAGUACGCCGUGCGGGCUUACUACGCGGAGCUGAUGGGGCAUUCCGCUGAAUUUGCCUACAUCCACUGCAUCAACCUCUCAUGCCAUCACAGGCUCAUCUUCAAACGCACCGGCUAUCUCGCGACAAAGCUGAUGGUGAACCCAGACAGUGAGCUUAUGUACCUCAUCGUCUCGAGCAUUCAACGAGAUCUGAAGUCGCCGAACUACCUCGAGGUGUCAGCCGCGCUCACGGCAGCGGCGCAGAUGCUACGGCCUGAGCUGAUGACAGUGGUGCAAGGAGAUCUGCCAGGGCUCAUAACACACGAGAAGCCACUGGUGCGGCGAAAAGCGGUCGAGGCGAUGCACGCCUUUUACGUCCGCACCGACACUGCCGUUGGCGACGUCGCGGCCUUUCGGCAGGUCCUCUGCGAUCGCGACCCCUCCGUGAUGGACGCAGCGACGCGGCUGUUGCACGAAGUCGUCGAGCGCAACCCUGAGGCACACCGCGACCUUCUCGACUCCUUCAUUUUGAUUCUGUCGCAGGUGAUUGAGCGGCGCCUGCCGCGCACGUACGAGUACCACCGCACCCCGGCCCCGUGGCUGCAGAUUCGUGUCAUCCAGCUCUUGACGAUUCUGAUCGGCGACGAUCCCCAGCGAGCGCAGAAGGCGGCGCACGUGCUGGAGGAGGCAAUGCAGCGGGCCGACAACGGCAAGCUGAUCGGCUUUGCGAUUAUUUGCGAGCUGGUGCGCACGGCCGCGUGCAUUCCACAGCUGCCCACUCUGCUCCGCCUCUCCGCUGAAACCGUGUCGGGGCUGAUCACGUCACGCAAUCCGAAUCUGCGCUGCGCCGGCAUCCAGGCCCUGAGCUACAUGGUCCGCGUGCAGCCGGAGCUGGCCGCGGAGCAUCAGGAGGUGGUCAUGAGUUGCCUCGAGAACGCCGACGAGACCAUUCGGCGAAAAACAAUUUGGUUGCUCUUUGCCAUCUGCGACAGCGACAACGUCGGCCCCAUCGCGCGACGCCUCAUUCGCUUUCUCAGCAAAGUGGGUGACCCGUUCCUGAAGCGUAGCACCACACGGGGGCUGUGCCGGCUGAUGGAGCAGUACGCGACGAGUCCUUGGUGGUACAUCCACACCAUGAACAGCGUCCUCGCCGUGGCCGCGGAAUGCGUGUUGCCGGCGACGGUCCAACGCAUGUUGAAACUGAUCGCGGAAGGGCAAGGGGCCGAUGAGGCGGCCGACACCAGCUUUCGCAUUCGUUGCGUGGAAACCUACUUUGCCAUAACUGGAGGAGGUGCGCUGCCAGCUGGUGCCGGUGAGGGACCGCCAAGUGCCAUAGCAGCAGCGCGCUCGUCACAUGCGGAUUUGGAAUGCAGCGGGAGUGGUGGGGUCGGCAGCGCGUCCGGCAACUCGUCCGCCGUUCCCGACGUGCUACGCCGCAUCGGUGCGUGGGUGAUGGGCGAAUACGGCUUCCUCACCAGCAAAAUCAGCGGAAAAAUGUUUCUCGACCGUCUCUGCGACUUGAUGGAGCAGACAGAGGACGGCGAGACCCGCUGCUGGAUCCUGAUGGCAAUGAUGAAGGCGACGGCUCACACGUCCCCAUCGCAGCGGGCAUCUUCGCCCGGCGGCGCAGGCGUGUCGGACUAUGCCGACGACAUCGUGGCACAGUAUCAGGAGAGUCGUUGCAUCCCGCUGCAGCAGCGGUGCUACGAAUUUGCGGCACUGCGCCAACAGCCGGAGUUGCUCCGUCGCGUGCUGCCGAAAGACGGUUUCUGCGAGGCGAUGGAGGUCGAUCCGGAGCUGCAUUUCCUAGACGCCUUCAUCGAGACAGCGGUGGCGCGUGGGGCGCAGCGGUACAAACAGCCGGCAGAUCUGGCAGCAUUACGACAGCAACAGGUCACCGCGUCCGCGCUGCAGGCGGAGUCGGCGCUGCGCACGGCUGCCUACGUCCCUGUACGUCCCACUGAGAUCCGGCCUGUGUGGUCCUCUUCUUCCUCGGCACCACCACUGAGUGGAGAAGCGUCGGCGGCCACCGCCUCUGCUGCUGCUGCUGCAUCUGUUCCUUCCUUACUUGGGCAGGCUGGUGUUGACAGCUCCAUUGCCCGUGCGAAUGCCGGUCUCGCGCAGAGCGUGCUGCAGGGCAGCGAGAAGCUUGUUCUGCGGCCCACCGCGACAAAGCGCUGGGGUGCGCAGAACCUGCGGGAAGUGGCGGCGGAAGAGGAGGAGGUGCACCUGCAAACCGCGGCGGCCGUGGCGGUGGGUGGUGGUGGUGUUGUGUGGGGCGCAGACGCGGCAGAACCGACAGCUGCUCCUUCGAGCUCGACGGCUGCGGCCGCGGCAGCAUCACUGCAAGGGGGGAGCGCGUUCGAGAAGGCAGGCGGGGUACAUGACGAUGGUGACAGCGGUGCUGUAAGCGGAACUCCAGCAGCAGCGGCAGGUGCGACGGGAGGGAUGAAGCCGGUGUCCGCAAAGAAUGCAAAGUUUAUCCGUAGUAUUUUCGGUGGUGGUCGUCGUAAAGGUGGUGAUGCCGCGUCCUCCGCCCCGAAGACGUCAUCUGCUGAUCCGCACACCGUUGCAGCCUCCACGUCGAAGCAGUCCACUCCAGCACCGCCACCGCAAUCAAACGUGGUGAUGGAUUCGCUGUUUGCGACCGACGUCGCCUCUCCCCAUUCCGUCGCCUCCCCAGUCUAUAGAAGGUCCGACACGCCACUUGACUGGUUCAUCAGCAACCCCACUGCCCGCUCUUCGUUGCGAACGACAAAAACCCCGCCAACGCCCAAGUCUGCGCUGCUGUCCGCCUUGCAGCCCGUCAACUCCUCCUUCCACACGGAGCAGUUCGGACGCCUCUGGCAAGUCAUGGGUGCCUCUGGCGAGCGGAAAGAGCAGCUCCGGUUUUUCGACAUCUCCUCCUACGACACCAGCAACGGGUUUUUGCAGCAGCACCUUCUACGUGCGUGCUCGAUGUCGGUGGUGCAGAUAAUCGGCAAGGAGAUCAUCGCGGCUGCCCAGUACACCACGGAGAGCGGCAAGGAGGAGUACGUGCUGGCGCACCUCAAUGUGGUCAACUCGACCACUCUGAGUGCGAUUGUCCGUUCGUCGCGUCGGGAGCUGAGUACGGAAGUGCUUCACGCGAUGAAUAACACGUGA